GGGGUUUAUGGUUUAGAUUAUCGUUAUAUUAGAACAACCUACAAACUAGUCUAUCUAAUACCGACUAUUGGAAAGUGAGGUUCAUUCCUUUCCAUUACCUUGGAAUCUGACCCUCUCGAGUCUCCUAUCACAUUAGACUGAAACACAUAAGCUAGUCUUUUCACUUGUGGGGUCUUUAGCAUUUAUAUCUCUACUUCCUAUUCGAUAUCGGCGACGAAAUACAUCCGCGUAGACACAUCACAGACAGUGAAGAAACUUUCUGGUCCCCUUAAAUAAUUAUAUUGUAUAUCCUCGAUACUAUUUAUUAAGUGGAAAUACUUAGUAAAGCAUCGCUGUAACUCUGUACAAUCUCUACGGUAUACAAUCUCAGCAGGGCCCAGGACGUCACGUAUUGCAAUACUUUUCACCGCCUACAGAGUAUAGGAUGGCUACCGAAUCUGGAAACCGGCCUCAGACCGGCCCCGUACAAUGUGUAGGACCUGACUACCGUUCGCCUAGUCAAAAGCCCAUCGCCACCGUCUCAACAGAGGUCGAACAUGACAACGUUAUCACGUUACCCCAGACACCACAGCUCAUCGCACUACUCACGAAGAUCCGUGACAGGAAAACGGAACGAGCAGACUUCAUCUUCUACUCGAACCGAAUCAUUCGUCUCCUUGUCGAGGAAGGGUUGAACCACCUACCCGUCGUUGAGCACACCGUGACUACUCCUGUAGGUCGCACUUACGAUGGACUUAUGUUCCAAGGGAAGAUAUGCGGUGUUUCCAUCAUGCGGGCUGGCGAAGCUAUGGAACAGGGCCUCCGAGACUGCUGUAGGUCAGUGAGAAUCGGCAAAAUCUUGAUCCAGCGAGACGAGGAGACCGCAAAGCCGAAGUUGUUUUACGACAAGCUGCCCGAGGAUAUCGCCGAUAGAUGGGUCCUUUUGCUUGAUCCAAUGUUUGCAACAGGCGGGUCCGCUAUUAUGGCUGUCGAUGUCCUAAAAUCCCGUGGUGUUCCAGAAGAGAGAAUCCUCUUUUUGAACUUGAUUGCUAGUCCAGAGGGAGUGCAGAACUUUGCAACGAAGUUCCCCAAACUUCGAGUUGUCACGGCUUUUAUUGACCAGGGUCUCGACGAAAAGAACUAUAUUAUUCCGGGCCUAGGCGAUUUCGGUGAUCGAUUUUACACCAUGUAGGGUAAUAGUCAUAAUUACGAAGCAUAGGUAAACUUAGGAAAUAAUCCAUUGAAUUCAGAAUUGACCACUAUCUGAAACCAUGUUGGUUCUAUUCAUUGUGCAAAUAGCAAAGCAACCCAGC